GGAGGACCUUCAUCAGAACAGGGUCAUUUUGGACCAUGGCAAACAUGCAAGUACCUCUUGUACGACAGGAAGAGAUGCGGCGAUGGGGUCACCCGCUUCAGGCCUGUCGCUGCAGUGUACCUGGCCGGGAUCGUGGGAGCGGUGGGAGUGGCCGCCUUAGGCCUCUUCUCCAUCCUGAGCAUCCUCCAGCUGGCGAUGGUCAUCUCCAAGGAGAAGGUGGUCUUCUCCUUCUCCUUCGUCGUCAUCUCCAAGCUAGCGCUAGCACUUCUUGGCACACUUGUAUCAAUAGCAGCUGCAGGAUUAUUUGCUCUACAGACUGAUGACAGAGAAAAUGAUUUCUUUGUAUCCAGAGGUGAAUCAUUUUACAUGCAGCUUGUCGUAAUAGUACUGACAUUUAUUCUAUUUGUAAUGUCAAUAUAUGAUGUACUAUUCUCAAGACGUAUGGAUGGUGAUCCUACUAUGGCUCAUCGAGACCCUUCUGGAGAAAAUGCUACUACUUAUAACAAUCCUGGUUUCAAGGAAAGGAAGCAAGGGACUGUAUCUAUGACUGAUGCAAGUGGAAAACCAUACGUCCACAAUGGUAGUAUGGCAACACUUUCGACCACAUUAAGUUCAAAUGGAUCCACAGUUGGAUCUAUAACAAGGAGUCCAUUGAGAUCUUCACUCAAAAAGCCACGAACUGGAAAUAAUGGCCUGGGUAUUCAGAAUCCAGGAUUCAGUGGUAGCUCUCCGACUCCAUCCAGAAACGGAAGUGUCAAAAGGGUUCGAAUACAAACUAAUAGUACAGCUGUAUAGCCAGUGUAGGAGUGCCAAAUAUGCAGCACUGUAUCAAAAGUAUUUUGUAUAUACAUAAAUAUCUGUGGUAGUGAAUAUUUCUUUGAACUACUUGGUGCAUGAAACUUCCUUUUUACAUCAUAUUUCUGAUAAUCAUUACUAGUUAUGAUAGGAAAAAACAAAUCCUCAUAAAGCAUAACUAGGUACUUUGUGAACAUUGUUUGAUUCCAAAUAAGAGCAGUUUCAUUUUUUUUCUGCAGUUAUAAUAUCAUAUUUUCUUAUUUCAAUUUAGAAUGGACAACAGUUUUAGAGGCUUGCUAAUUUUGAGCCACUUAAACAAGAUUAAAAAAAAUUCUGAUCAAAAAUGAUUAAAUGCUUCUCUAUAGAAUAUUUUCUAAUAAAAACUGUGUAUUUAUAUUAAAGGGAUCAAUGAACUUUUCUUUUAAAAAGCUAAUAUUUGUAUCCAAGCCUCCAUUAAUUCACAAUCAAAGACUGGCUAUAAUCAUUUAAACAAUUAUUUAUUACUAUUAUAUUUUUCCAAUGACAUGUUUUAAGUAUGAUGGUUAAAAAGGAAAGUUUUUAUGUUGCAAUAUUAAUAAUUUAGUGUAGAAUUUUAAAAAUGCACUUAGUCUUUGUAUUAUAUUCUGUUUAUAAUAAAUUAAUAUCAAAAACUAUAUUUACAACUGUUAGUUUAUCUCAGAUUAUCUGUGAUUAAAUUAAAAAUCGAGUACUGUAGUUUGCUUACUUAAAGUCUGUAUUUGUAAAAUAAAUAAAUGAAGAUGGUAUUUCUUAAAAUGUUUGUUAUUGUAAGAUUUAAUUCUUACAAUGUAUUUAUAAAAUAAAUAAAUGAAGAUGGUAUUUCAAAAAAUGUUUGUUAUUGUAAGAUUUAAUUCUUACAAUGAAGAAAACUAUUUAAAUAAUGCUGCUAAGUAUUUUAAUUAUUUAAAGUUAUACUAAGACAAUUUGAAAUACAAAAAAUUAUGAAAAAAAUAUUCAAAUCUUUCUUCCAAGAUAUUUCUGAAGAUUAUACCCUCAAAGAAUGCUUUUUUAUAAAGGAUUAGAUUCAAUUUAUGUUACAUUGUUAUAAUCUUUGAUUGAUAUGUUUAUUUUUCUUAUUCAAACUGGCUGUUCUAAACAGGUCAAUUUGAUAAUUUAUAUGUUAUUUGUCAAUAAAAUCUAAAAUAAUAAGAUGAACUUUGGUAAAAAUUCCAAUAUCUUAAUGGAAAAUUCUAUUCAUUUACAUUCAAAAAUUCUAUUAAUAUAAUUACACACUAACCAAAUGUCAAUACAACCUAUUUUAGUAUGUUUCAAAAUUUAAUUAUUUAAUAUUCUCUGAGUAUAUUCCAAAUUUAAUAUAAAUUUAUCUGAGACCAAAAAAUGUGCUGAAAAUAUAUCAUAACCAUUUGAGUAAAAGUCACCAAAUCAAAAAUUCACCAAGUUCAUUUCUCCAUUUAGUUAACCAAGCAUUAUUUUCACCUAGCUAACAUCACUAAGUCAUUUAAUACCUUAUUUGGAAGAACUUUGAUAAAAUCAAGAAAGCUACAUACAUCUUUUGUAUUUGAAUCAUUGAACGCUGUGGAAUUUUCGAAAAUUGUUAACAUACUACCAGUUUUUAGUUCCAAAAUAUCUUCCACAAAAAAAUGCUCAAGGACAAUUGAAAACAAAUCUCUGAAAGAAAAAUAAACAAAUCACAAUUGAAUGGAUUUAUUUUUAUUUGUGAUAUAUAUGAAAAUUUUGAAGUUGUUUUGAUUUUAGGAAUAUUUGAACAGGUUGUUAAUUUUUAUUUGUUAUUUAUUUUAAAAUAUUUAAGUUUUUAGUUUAAGAUUUAAUAUUUUGUUAGAUAUAUACAAAUUUUAUGUAUUCCAAACAAUAUUUAUUUUGUGUAUAUACUUUUUGGGGGUACCAAAAUUGUCAUUGACAAAUUAAAUAUUUCUCAUAGGGGCUUUCGAUACAAAUGCAUUAUUAAUGUAAUGUAAAUAAGAAAGGUCUAGUGGUCUAGGUUUUAUGUAUAUUUAUAUUUAGUGUAAACAAAUUAAACUGUGCACAAUUAAUUAUCCUAAUGUAUCAUAUAAAUCUUAAAUAAGCUUUGCUCAUGAAGCAUAUCAAAAUUAAGUUAUGGUAAAGUAUGAAAAAAAAAUGAAUGUAAAAUGAUAGAUUUUUUUACAUUGAGCUAAAUUUUCACUUUCUUUAUGAACGAAUAUAUUUAAUGAAAAUUCUUCCAAAUCUGUAGUUUUUAAGAUUAUUAAUAUUCACAUUUCUUCCAAAUGUAAAACAAAGUAUAUAUUUAUAAAAAAGAUUUUUAAAAUCUUUAAAAUGUUUCUUUUUAUUCUGAUGUAAAAUUAAUAUAUUUAUGUGUAUAGUGAUAUAUAUUUAUAUAUAUAUAUAUGUUGCUGAAUUAGCAUAAUAUAAAUGUAUAAUGGAAUUAGAAUGUAUUAUAGCUGAUGUUUUGUUGAAACAUUAGAUUUAGAUAUUAAUAUCCGUCCAUUUUUUUCUCUUUUUAAAAGAAAUUUAUUAUAUUUAAACCACUGUAAAAUAAAUUAUAAUUUUUUAAAAUUUAUUUCAUUUCAUUAUGUCAUUUACUUCA